AUGGAGAGGUGGCACGACCGUUCCUUGGGCCACCGGCUGUACGACGCCUUCACCGUAGCCGGCCUCCGGGUUGAGGCCAUCGUACCCGGCCGCCUCCUCUGCUCCUUCAUGGCCCCUCCUCGCCUCACGUCGAGCGCCAGCAACCGUAUGCAUGGAGGCGCGGUGGCGUCGCUGGUGGACCUGGUGGGCUCUGCGGUGAUCUUCGCGGGCGGCUCGCCGGUGACGGGGGUCUCGCUGGAUAUCACCGUCUCCUACCUGGGCGCCGCCCGUGCAAACGAGGAGAUCGAGAUCGAGGCUCGGGUCCUCGGCAUGGGCGACAAGACGGGGUGCGUGACCGUGGAGGUGAGGAGGAAGGACACCGACCAGGUGCUCGCGCACGGCCGCCACACCAAGUAUCUCGCCAACGUCUCCAGUAAACUCUGAGGGUCCUUCCCAUCCCGGAAGAGCUACAUGUUACACAUACGACGGUUGUGUUUUUUCUUCUUUUUUAAACAUCAUAAAACGGUUGUCUUUGCUAGACAGCUAUGUUGAUAUUCUACCAGGCACGGAAUAUUCCAUGCAUCAAUCCGUCGUCGUUCGUGAUUGCUUUGAGAUCCAUGUUAUAUAUUUUCUGGUUGUUGUCAAAAUUUUAUCUCGUUUCAAAAUGUUUCGUUUGUUUUUUCUUGUUUCAACGUGUAUCAUCAUGUUUCAUUGUGUGUCAAUAAAAGAGAGAAUGCACUUUUUUUUUUAUCAGCUUUGCUGAUACACGAUGACACACAGUGAAAUAUUAAGAUACAUUUUGGAACGAGAAAAGGCGCCAACGUAAUGCUUUGAAACGGAUAAAUUAUAAAAAUAAUCAAAAAAGUAGCAUGAAUCUCAAAUCAGCCACGGACGGUGAAUCCAUGCUCGGGAUACUCCAUCCGCAGUAGAAUAAAAGUCAUCCUACCGUGCAUGGAUCCACCAUUCGUGAUUACGUUGGCAGUAGAAUGGAUUUUCUCCUAUAUUAGUGCAAUGUAUAACAAAGUAUGUGAUAAUAAAUAAUGGACAUCGACCGCGGACGACCAAUCAUGGACCAGGUGUCGCUGUGAUCCAUCCCCAGCAUGGAGUCUGAUCAGACAGUGAGCAGCGCAUCGCGGGGCAAACUGUUUUGCCGGUAUAUGAGCUGUACAAUUUUGGUAAAUAAAAGAGUGUGUGGUGUAAAAAGAGGACUAUAUGGCAUGAUGACCUACUCAUCUACAUGAUGAUUGAAAGUGUGAAAAGCGAUUUACUUGAUAAUAAUCUUAACUCCUGUCUAUUAAGGGCGGGGGCACGCCUCCUUUUCGAAAAAAAGAAGAAAAAAAAACUCCUGUUUAUUAAGAACGGUUACACUUAGAGAAGAAAGGGAACUUCGAGAUCCUCAAGACCUUAUAAGUGAGAAGUCAGCCUUGGCACAACGGUAGACAACAAAAAGGUUGCAUGUUGCCGACCUGGGUUCAAACUCGGUUUCUCCUAUAAAAAGAAGUCAGGAUGGCUUUUAAUUUUCGUCUGUUCUCAUUCUUUUUCUAAGAGUUCUUAAGUAUGACAUCGUGUAAUUUGAAACAAUACUGCACAUUAAACUUCUUGAAUAUAUUAUGCAUGCGUUUGAGGCGCCUAAAAGUUUCCAGGCGUUAGUCGAUUCCAAGACGCACAACAGCGAGCCGACAAAUGAGAACAAUAAUAUUCCAACCGUUCCGGUCUCCGGCUGGCUCCACGCAACGUUAGGUAAUUUCCUUGCAGCCAAAGGCAAACUA